AUGAUGAGAGGUGGUGAGAGAGUAAAGGAGUUUCUUCGACUUUUCGUUGAUUCUAGAGAGUGGGACUUUUGCGUUAUCUGGAAACUCGGCGAUGAUCCUUCCAAGUUUAUUGAAUGGGUAGGAUGCUGUUGCAGUGGUAGUUAUAUUGAUAAGAACAUUAAGCAUGAACAUGAGGAAGAAGAGGGACAAAAUAUGAGCUCUAUGUGCAGAGAUGAAGACUACAAGCAUCAUAUAAGAACCUUAGCUUGUGAAGCUCUUUCUCGUUUUCCUCUCUUCAUGCCUCUCUAUCCCGGGAUCCAUGGAGAAGUAGUCAUGUCAAAAACUCCCAAAUGGGAUGUUGUAAAAGGUUUGUUCAUGUGA